AAUUUAGACUAAAACAUAAAACACCGUAUCAGCUAAUUUCAUGAGCGAAUCUACUUUUCCAGGACAAGCCGUACUGUAUUUAACAUCCUUGCCUGAAGAUUGGAAACUAUCGACUUUGCCCUCAACGCUGUUAAAGGAAAAGUUAAAGGAUUUAAUAGAAGAAGCAAGCAUGGCUUCAGUGACGCGUCGAGGAGCAGGGCUGUCUGUUAUGGUUCACAGAAUAGUAUCUAGUGAUAGUAAAAAGGGCAAGCCUUUAUUCCACUAUUUUAUGAAGAUUCUCUUGGAAACGUGUAACAGCGCUAAAGACAUUCAAAAUGAUCUUCAGAAUCACCAAGACAAUGAUUGCAAAAAGGAUUUGCCCAAAGCAAUUUAUAUCCAUUUCUUAACACGAAUAGUAACGGAUAGUAGUUUGGCUUCAGAGAUGAUGUUUUAUUCAGCGGAACUAGCAGAACUUGCUUUUGAUAAUUUAACAAGCCCUCAUUGGCAAAUAAGAAAUGCAGCCCUCCAGCUAUAUGGCGCUCUAAUACCGAAAUUAAUUGGUCAAAAGAAAGCAUCAGGGAUGGAAGAAGAAAUGAUAGCUACUGUAGCAAGCGACGAAUUUCGCACACACUCUACAAAAUUAUGGAUAUAUAUUCAAAGUCAACUUAAAAACAUGGACUACACGGAUAAAAUUCAAUUUCAUUCAAAUUUAAUGCCUUUAUUGAAUUUGCUAGCCAACAGUGCAAUGAGAUAUAAUUUUUCAUAUGACAGACUGGAGACCAGAGAUCUUGACAGAGAUUUGCUGAAGAGUUUAUUUUUUCUUCUAGAUAGUUCAAUUUACACCGUCAGACGUCUUACAGCCCAAAGUAUUUUCAAUAUGUAUUCAUUUGAAGAUAUUUACAACUGCCUUCUAGAGCGAGAACACCAUUCUGAAAAUUUUAUUCAUGGCAGUUUGACUUUGAUAACAUACUGCUCUAAACAUUAUGGUAAUAAGUUAUUUAAAGAGGAAUUUGAGAAACUGCAAACAAAAUUCGCUGAAUUAUUUAACUGUGGGAUACAUUCUUAUCUAUCAAAAAAAAUAUUUGAGGAUGUGUUUUAUGAACGCCGUUUAGAUGCGAUAAUGAUGGAAGAAACUUUGUCAGAAUUAAAGAUUAAUUAUCAGGCACCAGGUGUUUACCUUUGGGCAAAUAGUCGCAUUAAAAAAAUUAUACAACAUGUUCCAUGGCUUGAACUUCCAGAUAUACUUAAAAUGAUCAUACUGCAAUGUGACAGUGAAUGUUACUUGAAACUUUUAUUGUAUAAAAUCGAAGAGCAUGAUGAUAUUCCUGCAAAAGUAUUGUCACAGAUUGCAAACAUUUUAAUGUUGCAUCAAAAAAAAAUUGAUAGCAGUGUAAUUUGGCAAAUUUUUUAUCAAAUAUCACUCCGAAUAGAUUUGAAUGAGCAAGAAUAUGUAGAUAUUAUAUCUAAAUUUUUAGAAGGAGAAAUCACAUACCGAUUGAGGUAUAUAAUACCAUUUGCAGUUAGAAUUUAUGCAAUUAAUAUUAAAUCAACAAACAAAAAGCAGCUUUUGCAUUUGGCUAAAGUAAUAUUCAGUUUAAGUAACUGUGAGGUAGAUACAGACAUAAGAUUUAUAGCAGCUAUUGCUAAUACUGAAAUGAGUAAAUCGUUUGAUGAACUACCUGAGGUAGUUAAAGUUACUGUGAUUAAAUCUGCAGUUGUCCUUUUGCAAGACGAAGAUGAAGAUGUAAGGAUGAUAAGCAUCACAAUUUUAAACAAUUUGUCUGCUGUAAUUGACGUGUUUCACCCUUACAUUUGUCUAACCAAGAUGUUAGAUAUCAGCUUUUUGAAAACAAUCCUUACAGACAAGGGUAUUGAGUUACUGUAUCAAGAAUUAACACAAUAUCUAUCUGAGUUUUUAAAUAGUAAAACCGUUGAUGAGUACAAUCCUUUUGCAAAUUAUUCAAAAAAUAUUUACUUAGAAGCUGAUGUCUUUAAACAGAUGAUUGUAAACUUAAAGAGAGUAUGAUUUCGUAAUAAAGAAUUAUAUUUCAUUAUUUUAGUAUUUUACAAAAGAAAUACCUAGUCAUGUCUAGUAAUUUCAGAUUCUUGCAUGCCG